AGGAGGAGGAGGAGGAGGAGGAGGAGAUCCAUUCUGGUUGUCCUUUGUUAGCUCCCUGCGAGACUUUGCAUGCUCCCUUUGUGAUUAAUUUCUAAAAAAAGAAGGCAAACAGGUCUCCAAUUACAAGCCCAGUUGCACACGAGAGAACAUCAUGCGGAUGUGAAACCUAUUCUCCAUGCUUAGUUGGUUCGAAGAUGGGUUUAAAUGGGAAGGCGAAUUCUUUGGCCAGCUGGGAAGUGGGAAUACACAGGCGCUCCGACUUUCUCGCUGCAGCCCAGCGUUGUCAAACACAACUGCCAUUGAUCCAGACUCGAUUUUUUUUCUUCUGCAGAUUGAGGCGGUGCGCGGCUAUUUAACGGAGACCAAGACAUUAAACGGCUGCAGAACAGUUCUCCGUGGCUGGAAAAAUCUCCACUUCGGGAUCUGAGCUCAGAAGGGAAAAUGGAUCGGCUGAAGAUGCAUCGGACGAAAGAAAUGGAAUUUGGGGGUGUAUUUGGGGUAGCCUUCCUGAUGGUUCUGUUGCCCAGCACCGUCUUCUACCUACUGCUGGUCUGCAGGACAGAGCAGGCCAGCGUGCUGAACCCCCCCUGGCCGCUGCCCUCCCUCCGCUCCCUCUGGAGCCCCCAAGACUUUGCUCUGGUCCUGGCCUGGCUUGCAUUCCAAGCCCUGCUCUAUCAGCUGCCCCUGGGGAAGAUCACGGAAGGAAGCCUUCUUCGGGACAAGAGCCGGCUGAAAUAUCGCAUUAACGGUCUCUAUGCUGUGUUGGUCACAGCGGUGAUGCUGGGCGCUGGGCUGGCCAGGGGCCUGCGACUGAGUUACAUCUACGACCACAUCCUGCAGCUGGCCUUCGCGGCGACGGUCUUGGCUUUCGUCCUCAGCGCCCUUCUCUAUUUCAAGGCUCUGCUGGCCCCAGAGGCAGCUCUGGCUCCCGGCGGGAACUCAGGAAACCUCAUUUAUGACUUCUUCAUGGGCCACGAGUUGAAUCCACGCUUUGGGCUCUUCGAUCUCAAAGUCUUCUUUGAGUUGCGCCCAAGUCUCCUUGGCUGGGCACUGAUCAACAUGGCAAUGUUGGCUAAAGAGACGGAGCUGAGAGGCAGCCCCUCUCUAGCCAUGAUCCUGGUUAAUGCCUUCCAACUUCUCUACGUGAUAGAUGCCUUCUGGCGUGAGGAGGCCGUUCUCACCACAAUGGAUAUCAUCCAUGAUGGCUUCGGUUUCAUGCUGGCUUACGGGGACCUGGCGUGGGUGCCCUUCCUGUACAGCCUCCAGGCCUGCUUCCUCGUGGCCCACCCCCAGAAGCUCAGCCUGCCUCUGGCGGGGGGCAUCGUCCUGCUAAAUGGCCUGGGGUAUUCCAUAUUCCGUGGUGCCAAUUCCCAGAAAAACACCUUCCGACGGAAUCCCGCUGAUCCCAGAGUGGCUGGGCUCCGGACAAUCCCUACGGCAACCGGUCGGCGGCUCCUGGUCUCUGGCUGGUGGGGUUUUGUGCGGCACCCCAACUAUUUAGGAGACCUGAUCAUGGCUUUUGCAUGGUCCUUGCCCUGCGGCUUCACUCACAUCUUGCCUUAUUUUUAUAUCAUCUAUUUCACCUUGCUGCUGGCUCAUCGGGAUGCCCGGGACGACCACCAGUGCCUGAGGAAGUACGGGCUGGCGUGGCACGAAUAUUGCCGCCGGGUCCCUUACCGGAUUGUCCCAUAUCUCUACUGAAUCCUGAAAUCCCCAUUCCCAGAAGGUCUCUGGGCUCAUCUUGUAGCGGAAGGGUCUCCUGGUUUCGUGCCAAUGUGAGAAAGAGCCUGGCCAGCGUGCGGGGGGGAGUGUAUUGGCUGUUCAUGGCCGUUUCUCCAUUUUUUCUUCCAUUCUCCUGUUUCACUUUCGUCUUCCUUUGAUUUCAUUGCCUGUCUUCCAUUUGUCUACAUUUCUUUCCCUAUAGGGAAAAAAAGAGACUGGAAAAAUAGAGCUGGAAUCAUUUUAA